AUGAAACGCUUAACAGCUGGUGAGCCUGUGCAUCCAACGCCGCCGAAAAAAGGGUUAGAAGCAAGUUGGCUUACGUGCUAUAGCGUUACGAGCCUGAUCGGGCCUCUCGAGGCGACCACUCAAGGGGUCUUCGCGGAUAUCCUGACGAAUGAUGCAGACCAAUCAGCUAAAAAAAUAUAUAUUGUUGCGGCUGCUGGGCCGUAUAACUCACGGUCCGCCGGCAUGCGAGGACGAGCUCAAAGACUCGAACUCGAGAAGAAGAGUAAAAAGCAAUCAGGGAUCCCUUACUACCAAGCGGUCCAUACGCCAGGAUGGAAGUCGAAUUGGGCCGCUUUGGCUACCUUCAUGGCUCCCGUGGAUAAGGAGAUGGUCAUAGUCACACAAGCAAUUAUGGCCAUACUUUUUGGUUCCUGCCCGAGAAACGGCUAUGUUGUCUGCAGGCCUAAGCCUUUAGUGCCAGUGCCUUUGAACUGGGGCCUCAACGAAAUCAGCCCUCUCCGCCUUAACGGGCUGAAAACAUAUUUCAAGGGCUUGGAUACAAUGGAUCCCGAAGAGUCAGCUGUCCUUCGCCAAACACGGGCAACAAUUGGGAAUCAAUGUUCCAUGACUGCGAUGCGUCGACGCCAAGAUCGACUUCGAAAUGGCGGAGCUUUCCGAGUUUAUGUUCUCAACCAAAAUGGACAUGUAGUGCGAUUUCACAUCACGCUGAUGACGCGCCAGGAUGGAGCACAUGUUGACAUUGUUUUGCCACUGCAAGUUGGCCUUCGCUAUGGACUUCAACUAUCUCGCACUGUGGACGUGAAUUUGGAGUUGAGCGCCAGAAAUCAUCGCUUUCCAUUUGCGAGCAGUGCGGCGUACGACAGCAAUGCUCGCCAUCUAGGCAUUGCAAUAUCCGGAACUCAUGCAGUAGGCAGUCAGAAAGGCACAGCUUUCACUCACUGGGUCCAGUCUCCCAAAAAAGCAGCUAUUCGCAAAGCAGAAGCCCUUGUUGACUUCCUGCGCGGCCCGUCAGAUCUUCAAAGCAUCAACGCAAAGGAGGGAAAGGUUCUAAACUCCGUCACUUGGAGUGGAAACCGUUUUGUUACUUCACCAUUGAUGACCGACACUCGUCAAAAUGUUUCUACCCCAUCAAAAAUACCGUACAACGAGGAUCACGCAGAUGUCGAAUUCAACGGUUUCAAAUCCGACCAGCACCGUGAACUUUACCCUGAGGUAUUAAUUAUUACAAAAGCUUUACAGCGGCUCUCUCUCUCUCGGAAAAUCCGAACAACACCAAGUGUACGUUUAUACUUUCGAGUCAACGAAGCAGAAUUUAUUGCAUCGACAAUAACGAGUGCCAUUCGUACCGAGGUUGCUUGUCUAAUUCUAUCAACCGAAGAGUUUACUGGGCCAAGACUUCUCUCACUGGGUGGGAACAUCGGUGACGAAAGCCAGGGUGUGUAUGCGGACAUUAUCACGAACAAUGAUCCGAAUUAUUUCAAGGUUUAUGUAGGAGCUGCAGGAUCUGUUGGUUCGGGUCGCAGAUUUGGGGGUUUAAGACGCCGGAUUCGAGAGCAUUUGACGUAUGCAAAGUCGACCAAACUUCAUCCACAGAGCGGGAUGCUUCACUGCAACGAAAUGACAAAAGUAGACGCACGCCUGAACUUUGUCGUCCUAGUUCGCUUCUCGAGAGCUGUGGAAAUUCCUCUUGUUCACAUAUCGGAGGCCCUUAUGAGUAUAUUUUUCGCAUCCUGGAAAAGCCAGUCUUUUCUGCGUCUGAGGCCGCGCUAUCUGGCUCAACAUCGCGAGUGGGGGUUGAACAACGCGAACCCACUGGACUUUUCCAUUGUCGGCACGGUUGACCAUACUAAAUCUCGAGAGCGAGCUCUUAAAGGUGCUCGAACAAAAGUAGCGAGGAACCUAGCGAAGAGCAUCGCAGACGCGCAGGCUGGAUGCUCUGUUCGUACAUACAAAGAUCGUCGAUCCAAUAACUUUCACUUUAUUCUCUGCAAGGAGAAGAUUCUUAUCUCUAGUACCCUGGGAGGUUCUUUGGGCUUGACGGACCAACCUGUCGUCAGGGUUGAAUGUGACAUUCGCAUACCUAGGCACCCAUCACCCUAUGCAGCGAAGGCCCCAUGGCAAUCGGAAGCUGGGAAACUCGGAAUAUGUUUGUGUGGCCAAUAUAGUCGAGGUCCAUCAAAAGGAGAGCCUUUCAAGAAAUGGAUAUCAUGCGACUCAAACGUCGCUGUGGCUCGUGCGGAGAGGCUUCUGAGCAUGAUUGAAGACUAA